AUGUUUAAGAAAUUCUCCAAGGACGAUAUUCAUUCUCGUUCGAAUAUCAAAUCAUCAGUACAACGUGGUUUAAAAUCAAACUUCGUCAAUGCAUACCCAGAUUUAGAAAAUGCAAUUGACAAUAUUAUACCCAAAAAAUCACAAGUCAUAUUGAUAAAAUGUGAAGACAAGAUCCAGUUAUACUCUGUUGAUAAUACAAACAACCCAUCUAAAGACGGAGACAAUGAUUCAGAUGCUGAUGACAAUAAUGAAAUCGUCUUGAUUCAACAUUUUACAGAUAUCAUACCUACUUUGAAAACGGUGCAUAAAUACCCCGAGUUGUUUCCUAGGGUACAAGUAGAUAGGGGAGCUAUUAAAUUUGUUAUGAGUGGUGCUAAUAUUAUGUGUCCUGGGUUAACUUCCAAAGGUGGAAAAUUACCAGACGAGGAUUUACCUGUUGACACUAUAGUCACAGUUUACGCUGAAGGCAAGGAGAAUGCGUUGGCUAUUGGAAAAUUAGUUAUGAGUGUUGAUGAUAUAAAGAAGAAGAAUAAAGGAAUUGGUAUCGAGUUGUUGCAUUAUUUAGGUGAUGGCUUAUGGAAUCAUAAGGAAUAA